CCCCGUGCUCCUCCAUCCCACGACCCGCCCCACCCACUCCUCUCUGCCCCGUGCUCCUCCAUCCCAUGGCGCCGCCGCCUCCCUCCCCGCGCCCCCGCUGCAGCGCCACCGCCUCCCUCCCGGCGCCCCCGCUGCAGCGCCACCGCCUCCCUCCCGGCGCCCCCGCUGCAGCGCCGCUGCCUCCCUCGCCGCGCCCCCACUGCAGCACCGACGCCGCCCUCGCGCACCCGCGUAGCCGUCUCCCCAGCGCCCUCGUGACCCGCGCGCCUCCGCGCCGCUCGGGCCAUGGAUCCGGCCAUGCCGCGGCGGUCAGGCGACGGAUCCAGCCCCGCUGCACCGCCCAGGCGCCGGGGUCGAGCGCCGCCGUUCCCCAGCGCUGUCCCGGCGACUGCCCCCAACCCCCUCCAACUCCCCUCGUCCUUGCCCCCCGAGCAGCAACAUGGAUCCGGCGGGCGGCGCACACCCUUACCUCCACCAGCCCGAGCGCCCCGCUGGCGUGCCUCCAGCACUGGCUCUGCGCGGCGCAGCAGUCCACUCCUCCCACGCCGCCCACACCCUCCCAUCUACCGGAUCAGGUCGCGGCUCCCCUCGUGGUCGUAUCUUCCUCCCCUGCGGCAGCUCCACCCCGGCCCCAGCGGAACCACUCCUCUGGCUCAAGAUCCAUGGAGUCUGGCGACCACGGACGUGCAGCUCGCAGGCAUGAGAUGUGGUUCAGUGCUCCUGUGGGUGUAGUUCAUGAGCGCGCCGGUGACGAUGGCAGCAAGGCAGUGCACUCCGGUAGUUGCCGUGGUGCACUCUGGUGGCCGUUGUGGUACAGCUCAGUGGCUGGCCAGGUGAGGUUUGCUUUUCCUCUGCUUGUGGUUAAUCUGAGCACGAGCUUCAUCACCUCGGUGCUUUUGUUGUGCAGCUUGGUGACGCGACAGGUGCAGUCAGCUGAGCAGACACUCUUCUCCAAGCGAGAAGAGGAGGGCGAUCUUGGUUCCUGUCCACGUGCAGUUUCAGGCGAUGCGCCCAUGCGGUGUGGAGCACAUGUGCAUGUAGUCCGUCGGCCAUGCGUGUAGUACAGGUCGCAUACUGGUGUAGUUCGUCGCUGAACCUGUGUUGUAGUUUUAGGUCGCAUAGUGGCGUGUGUGAUGCAGUUUUGUGUCUCCUCUCGGGUGGACACAUAGCUGCACCCCAUAUCGCCCAGUACUGUAACCCCUUCUUCCUUUACUUAUUUUUUGCAGGAAAGAAAGUGGUGCAUUUCGGUUGGAUGUCCCGUUGGAGUUUGACCUUGUGCCAUUUCAGAUUAUAUUGUGCAGUGCAACAUGAGUUUCUCUGCUUGGGGUGCUCUGGUACAGUAUAUACUUGUAUGGCUGUGUAAAAAAUAUAUGAAUUUGUGUUUUGAGCAUUC